UGCGCGGGGAAGGGCGCGCGGCGGCACCGGCGGCCGCCAUGGCGGUGGACAUCACCCUGCUCUUUAAGGCCAGCGUGAAAACCGUGAAGACCCGCAACAAGGCGCUGGGGGUGGCGACGACGGGGGACAGCGCAAGGGACGAGCUGCUCAAGCGGGGCACCGCCCGCUCCAAAAGCGACUUCACCAGCCGGGCGCGGGAGGUGAUUUCUCAUAUUGGAAAGCUGAAAGAUUUUCUUCUACAACACAGAAAGGAUUAUAUUAAUGCUUACAGCCAUAUUAUGUCUGAAUUUGUGAGAAUGACGGAUACAGAGCGUGACCAGAUAGAUCAAGAUGCCCAGGUGUUUAUGAGAACGUGUGCAGAUGCCAUUCAUCAGCUCAGAACAGAAGCACACAAGGGUGUCCAGUCUGCUCAGGUGAAGGAGCACAGAACAGCUGUCUUGGACUUCAUUGAAGAUUACUUAAAAAGAGUGUGCAAGCUGUAUUCUGAACAAAGAGCCAUCCGAGUAAAGCAAGUGAUAGACAAGAAGAGACUGUCCAAACUUGAACCUGAGCAGAGCAAUGUGUCCAAAGCACCUCUUUCCACUGAAAAAUUUUCACAGAGUCCUUUAGAGGAUUCUGAAGAAAAACUUUCUGCUGAGGAAAGCAAAGACAGGAAUCUGCCCGAUGCCCAAAGUAACCUUGGAUUAUGGGGGGAUGGCAGAGGUGAAGAUGAGCUGUCACCUGAAGAAAUACAAAUGUUUGAACAGGAGAAUCAGAGACUUGUUGGUGAAAUGAACAAUCUCUUCGAUGAAGUCAGACAAAUUGAAGGAAAAGUGGUGGAAAUCUCCAGAUUACAAGAGAUAUUCACUGAGAAAGUCUUGCAACAGGAAACUGAUAUUGACAAUAUCCACCAAUUAGUUGUGGGUGCAACAGAGAAUAUAAAAGAAGGCAAUGAAGACAUAAGAGAGGCCAUCAAAAACAAUGCUGGAUUUAGAGUAUGGAUCCUCUUCUUCCUUGUGAUGUGUUCAUUCUCCUUGCUUUUCCUGGACUGGUAUGACAAUUAAUUAAACAUAUUAUUGGCUCCAUGC